AUGUCGAAUUUCUCAAUGCAGCUGGGCAAUUCACCCUGGAGGUCCUUCACGCGCAAGGAUUCUCUUCGGCGGGUCGCGGUCGUCGGCCAGUUGACGGCCCGAUUCGUGUGGAGAGAGCAGUACGGUCAGCGUAUGGAGGCCCAAAGCUUCGAGCUCUCCUUGGGCGGAGAGGGCCAUUACUUAAUGAUCACCGUCUCGCAGGCGUCUCAUCAGGCCUUAAAUCUCGAUAUGUCGGGCAUGCGCCGCUUAGGAUACUCGAGGUUCGGGGGCGUACUGGGCACCGAGGGACACUUGCCUUCGAUAGAAGAACCCACCCUCGAGUGCAUGGCGUCCACAGGACCUUUCGAUGCGGACAUCAGCCACAGGCAGCAGCCGAUAGUGGCACUGCCCGAGCGCGCAUCCACUGUGAGAGUGUCGUGGGACUGA